GUGACCUUUCAUCAGUUGUGUUCACCAUCCUGCGUAAUAAAAUAAGUGGGUCGAAACCAGAUGAAAAUAUAGUGCUCGGAGACAGUUUUCUCAUUCAGUAUUGUUUACAGUUAUCAAGCAAUAUAUGCAUUUCAGUAUAGAGAGAGUAUAUCUAACUUAAUCUGUGAAUAAGGGGUCACGGUGUAACUUUUUGUUUUAUGUGGAUUGUUUUGUGACUGUGUGGUAGACUUCAGUGUGAAGAGCGUGAAGGUUGAAGAGACAGAUUUAUUUCAUGAUGACGAAAAGUGAAGAAAAUGAACAGGAAUUUCUCUUGGGCGGAAGUUCAGGAUAUCGAAUAGCCUCAUAUAACUCUAUUACAUACGAGCGCACGUCCAGCUGCUCUCCUGGUGAGGAUUGCGAGACAGUGCUCUGCAUGGACACCCGCAGCGGCGGUGAUGGAAAAGGAAAUGAUCCAUCCGGAACUCCCGUUUUCUCCACGGACCGUAUCACUUAUGCGUGGGGGAACAUUAACGCCCACGCCUCAGCGAAGACGCUGAGGAGACGUUGGAUCUGGUGCCUACCACGUCUCGGGUCCACAACAGAGCAGGAAGGAAAACAUAUCCUCAAAAACGUGAGUGGAGUGGCGUACCCUGGAGAGCUGCUGGCCAUCAUGGGGGCCAGUGGCGCCGGGAAGACGACGCUCCUGAACACGCUGAUGUUCCGCUCGUCGCCUAGUCUGCAGGUCAGCGGACGGCGGACUCUGAACGGCGUGCCAGUGAGUUCCAGCACUCUGGCCGGUCUGUCGGCCUACGUGCAACAACACGACCUCUUCAUUGGGACGCUAACAGUACGAGAGCAUCUCAUCUUCCAGGCUCUAGUGAGAAUGGACAAAAACAUUCCAUACAGAAGGAGAAUAUCUCGGGUUGAUGAAGUUAUUUCAGAGCUUGCUCUAAAGAAAUGUCAACACACUGUAAUAGGAGUUCAAGGAAGAAUCAAGGGCAUUUCAGGAGGAGAAAUGAAGAGAUUGUCAUUUGCAUCUGAGGUGCUUACCGACCCGCCACUCAUGUUCUGCGACGAGCCAACGUCAGGCUUAGACUCCUUCAUGGCACAGAACGUGGUGUCCGUCCUCAAGGACAUGGCGCUUAAAGGAAAGACGGUGGUGGUCACCAUCCACCAACCCUCUUCUGACGUUUUCGCCAUGUUCGAUAAGCUGCUGCUGAUGGCCGAAGGACGAGUGGCCUUCUUGGGAUCUUCAGAGGACGCUUGUAACUUCUUCAAACAUUUCANUGCAUGCCCCAGCAAUUACAACCCCGCAGAUUUCUUCAUCCAGCUGCUGGCCAUCAUUCCGACGCGGGAGGAAGCUUGCCGUCAGACCAUUGAAAUGGUGUGCGACUCUUUCGUGACGUCAGAGGCCGGGCAAAGAAUUGUCGCGGAAGUCGAACUGCAAAGCCAGACUGGACCUUCGACAUCAGGAUGGUCCACUCCGAGGGAUUCUAAGGGAGAAUAUUCGCAAGCCCUUGACGUCCAUCGAUCCCCAUAUAAGGCCUCAUGGUGGGCUCAGCUGAGGGCCGUAUUUUGGCGUUCAUGGAUUAGUAUCAUAAAAGAACCCCUCCUCAUUAAAGUGCGAAUUCUUCAGACACUGAUGGUGUCAGUACUGAUUGGUGUGAUUUACUAUGGCCAAGAUUUGAAUCAAGAUGGCGUCAUGAACAUCAACGGAGCUCUCUUUAUUUUCCUGACCAACAUGACAUUCCAGAAUGUAUUUGCAGUCAUAAAUGUGUUCUGCGCCGAGAUGCCGGUGUUCCUGAAGGAACAUCACAACGGUAUGUAUCGUGUGGAUGUGUACUUCUUGUGCAAGACCCUGGCUGAGGUGCCCCUGUUCGCCGCCUUGCCCGCCAUGUUUACUUGUGUCGCCUACUACAUGGUUGGUCUCAACCCCAAUAUCCUGCGCUUCUUGAUCGCAAACUGCGUCGUUAUACUAGUAGCCAAUGCAGCUGUCUCUUUCGGUUACCUCAUCUCGUGUGUAAGCACCGGUGUCUCCAUGGCUCUGGCGAUUGGUCCGCCAGUCAUUAUCCCGUUCCUAAUCUUCGGAGGCUUCUUUCUGAAUAACAGUUCAGUGCCGGCUUAUCUGACAUGGCUUAGUUACUUGUCUUGGUUCAAGUACGGUAAUGAAGCCCUUUUGAUCAACCAGUGGGCUGACGUCCAGUACAUAGACUGCACGCACUCCAACACCACGUGCCCCAAGAACGGACAUGUUGUCCUCGAAGCCUUGAAUUUCAGAGAAGACAAGUUCUCACGGGAUCUCAUCUGUUUGGUGUCACUCAUACUUGUCUUCAGGCUGUUUGCUUACCUCGCCUUGCUGUCGAAGACUUUCCGAAAGCAGUGAGCACACUUCAAAUGCGAUAUAUUCUUCUGUAACGCCGCUUUCUUACAGAGUGAACAAAAUAAAAUGGAGUCAUUUCCUAAAUAUA